AUUUCCCCCCAAUCCCCCACCUCUCAGAUCUAUACCUAUUUCCCACCCUCCGUCCUAUUUAAACACAGGCCAAGAGCGUCUCUCGAGCCCCAUCGGAAUUUGAAUCCCGGCGGCGUCUUCAUAAACGCCACCACAAUCUCUCUCUCUCUCUCUCUCUCUACAUUUCAAUCCAUCCUCGCUUAACCGAAAAUGAGGGAGUGCAUUUCGAUCCACAUCGGUCAGGCCGGUAUCCAGGUCGGCAACGCCUGCUGGGAGCUUUACUGCCUCGAGCAUGGCAUUCAGCCUGAUGGCCAGAUGCCAAGUGACAAGACCGUUGGGGGAGGUGAUGAUGCUUUCAACACCUUUUUCAGCGAAACUGGUGCUGGGAAGCAUGUUCCCCGUGCGAUCUUCUUAGAUCUUGAGCCCACAGUCAUUGAUGAGGUGAGGACUGGAACAUACCGCCAACUCUUCCACCCAGAGCAGCUCAUCAGUGGCAAGGAAGACGCAGCUAACAACUUUGCACGUGGACAUUAUACCAUUGGGAAAGAGAUAGUUGAUCUUUGCCUCGAUCGCAUCAGAAAGCUUGCAGACAAUUGCACUGGUCUCCAAGGUUUCCUGGUCUUUAACGCCGUUGGUGGAGGCACUGGUUCUGGUCUUGGUUCGCUUCUGCUGGAACGGCUCUCAGUUGACUAUGGAAAGAAAUCCAAGCUUGGAUUCACUGUCUAUCCCUCACCACAGGUGUCAACGUCUGUUGUUGAGCCAUACAACAGUGUCCUCUCUACCCACUCGCUUCUGGAGCACACUGAUGUUUCUGUGUUGCUUGAUAACGAGGCUAUCUAUGACAUUUGCAGGCGCUCCCUUGACAUUGAGCGUCCCACCUACACCAAUCUCAACCGUUUGGUUUCUCAGGUGAUUUCAUCCUUGACUGCCUCUUUGAGGUUUGAUGGUGCUUUGAACGUCGAUGUGACCGAGUUCCAAACCAACCUGGUGCCAUACCCCAGAAUUCACUUCAUGCUUUCCUCUUAUGCCCCGGUCAUCUCAGCCGAGAAAGCCUAUCACGAGCAGCUUUCAGUUGCAGAAAUCACCAACAGUGCAUUCGAGCCUUCCUCCAUGAUGGCCAAGUGCGACCCCCGCCACGGCAAGUACAUGGCUUGCUGUUUGAUGUACAGAGGAGAUGUGGUCCCCAAGGAUGUGAACGCCGCCGUUGCCACCAUCAAGACCAAGCGCACCAUCCAGUUCGUUGACUGGUGCCCCACUGGAUUCAAGUGUGGAAUCAACUACCAGCCUCCGACUGUGGUUCCGGGUGGCGAUCUGGCCAAGGUGCAGAGGGCCGUUUGCAUGAUUUCUAACUCGACAAGUGUGGCUGAGGUGUUUUCAAGAAUUGAUCACAAGUUUGAUCUGAUGUAUGCCAAGAGGGCUUUUGUGCACUGGUAUGUGGGUGAGGGAAUGGAGGAGGGUGAGUUUUCUGAAGCGCGUGAGGAUCUUGCGGCUCUUGAGAAGGAUUAUGAGGAGGUGGGUGCUGAGUCUGCCGAGGGCGAUGAUGGAGACGAGGGAGAUGAGUACUGAGGUGACUUGGUUUGGUCGUUUGUGCUCUUUGGCAUUCGCAUCUUAUGUUUUUCCAUGUGGUUGUGUCCUUGUUACUGUUUGUGUUCGCGUUGUUUGUGAUUUCAUUCGUGUUGGAAGCAGCUUUUAAGGUGGCUUUUGGGUAUGUUUUCAUGUUCUUGUGACAGACCUUUUUUAUCAUAUGAAUGUGGCUUCGGUUUGAAAA